UCUUUGACUACAAUUCCUGCCCUUCGUUUAUAAAAAACGCGCAAAGAUGUACUCUCCUGUAUACGGUGCGUCCGUGUGUGCAUCACGCAUAAAACUAUAUUACACACGCAGCAUGUGUUUCCAUUUAAUACUCGGAGGAAUUCUUCAUGUUCUUGUCCAAUUGACAAGGAAUGUUGGCGAGCAUUGGCGUCUUUAUUCAUACAACAGGCUCACGAUGCAUCAUCUUCCCCAGCUUUUAUCUGUACGACUCGUGUGUUUCUUCCGUAGCAACCAUGUUAACCCUCUGUAAGAUUAAUCCGAAACCACUCAUAAAGUUCGAGGAGAAACGCUGAAACGCCGUACGCAGCAGCUCCAACGGUUGCAUCAUGUCAUUUCCGAGGAUUGGAAAGGCGUUGGAGGUUGGA